UUUCUUCUGUUAAUGUGUGUGAUUGAAAUGUAUUCUCCUCCACAGAACCACAGCCACUGGUUGUUGUUUACUUAAACACAACUCUCACUCUCACACAAAAACCUCAUUUCACUUCUGGUAACGGGCUGCAAAUCACUGAAAAUCUGGUAAAAAUCUAAACUUUCUUUGUGGGAUUUUCGUGUUAUGGCGUCUUCAAUGCUGAAUGGUGCUGAACACCUCACGCUUCCCAGAGGCGUAAGCCCAAAGGGGUUAGGUUUCUUGGGGUCUGAUUUUCACGGGAGGCAUAUUCCCAAAUUGGGUUUAAUCUCUAAACCUAGAACCAUAAAGUCUUUGAAAUGUAGUUUGUCAGCUUCUAGGUCGGCUUCACAGCCAAGAUUCAUUCAACACAAAAAGGAGGCGUUUUGGUUUUAUAGAUUUCUGUCAAUUGUGUAUGACCAUGUUAUAAACCCUGGUCACUGGACUGAGGACAUGAGGGAUGAUGCUCUUGAGCCUGCUGACCUCAGUGACCGGAAUAUGAUAGUUGUUGAUGUUGGUGGCGGCACUGGUUUUACUACUCUUGGAAUUGUUAAGCACGUGGAUGCCAAGAAUGUUACAAUUCUUGAUCAGUCUCCACAUCAGCUUGCUAAGGCGAAGCAGAAGGAGCCAUUGAAAGAUUGUAAGAUUAUUGAGGGAGACGCCGAAGACUUACCAUUUCCUACUGAUUACGCUGAUAGAUAUGUAUCUGCUGGGAGUAUUGAGUAUUGGCCAGACCCACAACGUGGCAUCAAGGAAGCAUACAGAGUUUUGAAACUAGGAGGAAAAGCCUGUUUAAUUGGUCCAGUGUACCCAACAUUUUGGUUGUCUCGCUUCUUUGCUGAUGUUUGGAUGUUGUUUCCGAAAGAGGAAGAAUACAUUGAGUGGUUCCAAAAGGCUGGAUUUAAGGAUGUCCAAUUGAAAAGAAUUGGCCCAAAAUGGUAUCGAGGAGUUCGCCGGCAUGGAUUAAUCAUGGGAUGUUCUGUAACAGGUGUUAAACCUGCAUCCGGAGACUCUCCAUUGCAGCUUGGUCCAAAGACAGAGGAUGUAUCAAAGCCUGUAAAUCGGUUUGUAUUCUUUCUGCGCUUCUUAUUGGGUGCCAUGGCUGCAACAUACUAUGUACUGGUUCCUAUAUACAUGUGGCUCAAAGAUCAAAUUGUUCCCAAAGGCCAACCAAUCUGAGAGACGGGGGAGAGGGUUUUGAGCUGCUGACGAUGUGCUUCCAGUUUGUGGAUGUUUCUUCAAUGUCCUGUUUAAUAAUCAGCAAUUGCAUGGCAUUUUGUACUUGUGAAACAGAUGGAAUUCAUAGCAUCUUAAAUUACUUCUUACUUUUUUAAGGCAUCAGGCAAAUUCUUGUAAUUUGCACUUCCCAUUUUUUUUUUUUUUUUUUCCCA